UGAUAUGGUGAUGAAUUAAGAAGCAGAUGAAUGUUGCAUUGGUUGGGAGAGAAAUAAAGGAACAAAAUAACUAGUAGUUAUAUUCCUUGCUCUAGCUAAUUCACUCCUUUGGGCACGUAAUUGAGCCUAUAUAAUAAAAGUGAGACGUGUAGUUAGUAUAUGUAGGCAGAGAGAGAAGAAGAGAGAGAGAGAGAGAGAGAGAGAGAGAGAGAGAGAGAGAGAGAGAGAGAGAGAGAGAGAGUCAUAUAUAGAGAGAGAAAGCAGAGUUAGCUAGAAGUACCUCACGAGAGUGACGCAAAUAGCAUUUAAUAUACAUAAACCUAAGAGAGAAGUAUAUAUAUAUAGUUUUGGUUCUUAUAAAUAAGGAUAAGCUCAAGUACUAUAUAUAUAGAUAGAUUAUUAGUUGGUGUAUAAGAAUUGAACUGGCACACGAACAAAGACGCUCAAAUAUCCUCUCUCUCUCUGUCUAGUCUAAUCCAAGAAAAAAUAAAUAUGUCUCACAUCGCUGUAGAGAGAAAUAGAAGAAAACAGAUGAAUGAACAUCUCAAAGUUUUACGUUCCUUAACCCCAUGUUUCUAUAUCAAAAGGGGAGACCAAGCAUCAAUAAUAGGGGGCGUGAUUGAAUUCAUCAAGGAGAUGCAUCAAGUUCUUCAAUCUUUGGAGUCAAAGAAACGAAGAAAGAGUAUGAGCCCUAGCCCUGGUCAAAGCCCUAGACCAUUACUACUAUUACACAACACAAGUAGUCCUAGUACUAAUACUACUACUAAUCUUGAGAGUCCUUUGGGAAUAGAAAUAAAUAAUAAUAAUACUAAUAAUAAGGAGCUUGGAGCAUGUUGCAACUCUCUGACGGCAGAUGUUGAAGCAAAGAUCUCAGGAUCCAACGUGCUCAUGAAGAUAAUUUCACGGCGAAUUCCAGGUCAAAUCACCAAUAUAAUAAGUGUAUUGGAGAGGCUAUCCUUUGAGGUUCUUCAUCUCAAUGUCAGUAGCAUGGAAGACACUGUUUUAUACUCCUUUGUCAUAAAGAUAGGGCUGGAAUGUCAAUUGAGCAUGGAAGAAUUGGUGCUUGAAGUUCAACAAAGUAUCCGUUCAUCAGAAUCUUCAUACACCCUUUAUACACAAAUAUAGUACUUAAUUAUUAAUACGUUUUCACGUUUCAUCAUAGCCAGUUAUAAUAUUAUUCUAGCCUUUUCUUUCUUAUUUCAAAAAAUAUAUAUAUGAUAAAUGUUUAGGAUUAAAUG